UUCCUUCUAAAAACUGACUUAUAUAUAGGAUCCAAGAGAAUGCCUCCAUCCAUCUUAAAUUAUUAGCUCACUUUUAAAAUUCAAGGACACUCUUAAAGUAGUUAAAGUUGGUUGAUGUCUAACUUUUCUUUCUUCUUUCCAAUUCCCAUAAUUAAAUAUAAUGACUUGCACAAUUUCAAAUGCUCUUCUAUUCAGGUUUAAUUAUUUAUUAGUCUAAUAUAUAACCCGACAUAUUCGAAGUGCAUGCAUAUUGCUGGGUCGAGAUUGGGAUGCAACAGUGGAAUGGUGUAGCAGAGAUCAGGUGAACGUUGCUGCGCAUGUGUUGGCUAAAGAGCCGUUGGAUAUUGUUAGACGCUGUUCUUCUUCGAGUACCCUUCAUAUCUAUGGGCUGCGUUUGCUCCAGAGGAGGGAAGAACAAUGAUGAAAUCAAGAGAUAUAAAUCUGCGAGAGAAGCAGCCCAAGCUAUUAAUCGAAUUAAGAAGGCCCAGCGACGCCGUCGUCGACACCCACGUUCUUUAUACAUAACCACCGCCGGUGGGGGUGCUAGAACGGGAGGUCCUGCCGGUGCAACCAGAGACGGCGACAUGAUCAUGAUGAUGGGUGCUUCCGCUUUAAUCCAAACGAAUCAUGGCAUGUUUGAUGGAGACGGAGGUAGUAAUUGCACUGGUGGUGGCUACGGCGGCGGCGGCGGCGGCGGCGGCUGAUGCUGUUGACAUGUACGUGAAUGGAAUUUAUUUGAAUCUUUUAACGGAUUUGUUUUCUCAACAGUUCUCUGCAAUUAUGUAUAGAUCUGAUCUUAGACAUUUUAUCCAUAGGAAAUAGAAUCAAAGAAAGAAUGGUCUCAAAAUCGUUGCACAUACCUUUUUUUUUUUUUCACUUGUUCAAAUGACAUGAAAUGAAUUCUUCACGUGUUUGACUCCGAAAUUUUGUUUCGUCUAGAUUCUGUUUAGGUAAUUAACAGAAUCUGGAAAACGAUCGAAAACUUGUCGGUUGAUUUAAUUGAAUGAAUCAUUGUUCUAUUUGACUUGAAAGAAUAAAAAUAUAAGCUUUCCUGAGAAGUUGAGAUCCAAUAUGCA